GGGCCCCCGCCCCCGAUGCCCUCUCCUUCCAACACACUCUUGUCUCUUCCUGGCGGCGCCGCCCUUCGGGGUCUUCAUCUGGGGGCCCUUCGCCGGCGACGAGCACCAACCAGUUGCACUGCCAAACAAAUAUGGGUUUGUGUGGAAAGCAUGGACAUGGGCUACAGCCAGCUGCUUUCGUGGCUUCUGCUUGUAAGAAGCAGGACUUGUGCCGGAAGGAUGAGGAAGGGACUGCAUCCUCAGAUGCAAUGGAUUUCAUAUGUGACGCAGAGUGGAAGGCUGAUCAAUAUCAUGAUGACCAAGGUCAACCAUACUGGCAAAGUGUACCACAUGCGGGCCAAGCGUCAAAUGGCUCAGAGCCUUGGCCAGAUUGCAAAGUUCAAACGCCGAUAUGAGCAGGAAGCAGAGGAAAACAAAGACAAAUAGGAUGCUUGAAAGAGGUAUAGCCUCUGCAGCCUUAAGCAAUUCUGUUGACUGCAAGUUUUUGCUCGUGGAAUUGUAUUUUUGGUGGAAUUUUCUUCUCUGAUUCCAUCAAUGUUGGGUUCUAACCCCAUGUAGUUGUUUCUUCUCUUUUGUUACAAAUGCCUGUCCGGCUCUCUUGGGCAAAUUAUGGUACUUACUGUUCUGCCUUAAAAAGCUCAAGAAAAUUGUCGAUGGAUUAAUUUCUGAUCUGACUUCGAUAUUCAUGAUU